CCUGGAAGGUCAGCGGGAGCCGCCGGCCCGGGGACUCUGCGGGGCCCCACCGGACCCGACCGGGCCUCAGUGCGCCCCGGGGGCCAGGAUGGGGACGGAGUCGGAGCGGCCGGAGCCCAGCUGCCAACAGCAGUUCCAGGCGGCGGUCACCGUCAUCCAGAGUCUGCCCAAGAAUGGCUCCUACCGCCCGUCCUAUGAGGAGAUGCUGCGAUUCUACAGUUUCUACAAGCAGGCCACGGUAGGCCCCUGCCCCAUCCCCCGGCCCGGCUUCUGGGACCCCAUCGGCCGCUAUAAGUGGGACGCUUGGAACAGCCUGGGCCGGAUGUCCAAGGAGGCGGCCAUGACAGCCUACAUCUCAGAGAUGAAGAGGGUGGCUCAGAAGGUGAUCGACACGGUGCCCCUGGGCGAUGUGGCGGAGGACGCGUUCGGCUACUUCGAGCCCCUGUACGCCGUGAUUCCGGACAUGCCGAGGCCCCCAGAGACCUUCCUCCGCAGGAUCGCGGCAGCCCAGACCUCGGGGGACCUCGCUCUCCACACCCGAACCCCGAGCGGCCCAGAGGGCGAGGUUUUCAGGGACUCUGUGGAGCGGCUGGACCUGCGGGAGCCCGAGCAGAGCUCGGCCCCCCCGGGGACGCCCCCGGGACCCUCCGAGGGACGGGGCAGCCCCGAGCCCCCAGGAGACGGAGCCCCUUCUAGGGACGAGAAGGGAGCCGUGCACCGGGAGAGCCCUCCGAGGGUAGACCAGCCCACAGACCCCACCGAGGUGACCCAGCCCGUCCCGGAGUCGGCGCCCGCAGAGGGGCCGCGGCCCCGCCGGGAGCCGGAGCUGGAGCUGCGGCUGGCCGGGACCGUGCGGGCCCUGCAGGACAGCAUGGGCGAGGUGCAGCGGCGGCUGCGGGAGCUGGAGCUUCUGCCUCCCGCCGCCGGGCAGAAGCCCCUGCACCGGCCCCUCCGUCUCUCCGCCCGGACGCUGGCCUUCCUGGUCGUGUGGCCGUUCGUGGCCCAGUGGCUGUUCCGGCGUCUCCGAGCCCGGAAGAGGUGAAACCCCUCGCUCCCCGACGGACCGCGUCGCCACCGGUUGCCCCUGCCCGCCGUGGGCAGACCGCACGCUGAGCCUAGGCCGUUCACCCACGCCUGGCGGCACUACCCGCGACCCCCGGGACUCCGGGACCCACUGCGAGAAUUUCACCGGUCGCCCCUGGCCAGGAGGCCGCCCCCAGACCCCCGGUGACGCGGGCUCCGGGUGGGGCGUGGGGUUCCCCGACCCUGGCAGAGCAGCCCCAUCCUGGGAUCUCCAGCCCCGGCCUCACCCUCCCCGACCGUGGCAGGCGGGGAGAUGCCAUCCCGCAGCGGCUGCCGGGAGCCCCCCACCCCGUCUGUGUGGGUGAUGCCCACGAUAAAUUAAGCUUGAUGAGCUGGGGGGGGGCUCCACCCUAGCCCCCUCCACACCUCUCACCCGGGACCAGCCCAAGUCGGGAGACGGGCUGGGGUGGCCGACCAGACGGGCCCAAGAACUUUCUGGAGAACGUGGGUCGCUGCCCUCCUGGAGUAAGGAAGGACAAGCUUCUCACCUGACUGGAUUUGACCUUGUGCCAAUGCCAACGGGGUGAAGAAAGUGUCUGGCGCCCCGGCCCGACCCCCCACCAAGCACGCCCUCACUUCUGCCCCGCUCCUGCUUCGUCUCUCUCCCCUUCUCUCCACCCCCUUCCUCCCGCACCUUCCCCGUCCUCUCACCCCUUCCCCUUCCCGGUACCUAGACCUCUCUUCAGCUCCAAAGAUCCAGCAGUGAAUGUUUAGCCGAAUAAAUGAAACUUUAAUCUUU